AUGGGUCUAGACAUUGCUACAGAACAAAGGGUAGCGGAAGAGAAAUUCAAACAACUUGAAGAGAGUGGAGCUUCGAAAGAAGCUAUAACAUUAGCCAUGAAAGGCUUAGGCCUUGAAAGGGCUAAGAUGUAUGGAUGGCCAAACGUGUACGUAUUUACAAAGGCAAUGGGUGAAAUGGUGAUUAAUGAUGUAAAAAACAAUCUACCAGUGAUCAUCAUCCGACCAACUAUAGUUACAAGUACUUACAAAGAACCUUUUCCCGGAUGGAUCGAAGGCCUCAGGACCAUCGACAGUUAUACUGUUGGAUAUGCUACAGGAAAACUAACAUGUUUUCUGGCCGGGAUUACUGCAAUUAUUGACUUGGUUCCCGCAGAUAUGGUGGUAAAUACAAUUAUCAUGGCAAUGGUUGCUUAUGAGCUUCAACCAUCUGAUAAAACAAUAUAUCAUGUGGGUUCUUCAGCAAGAAAUUCUAUGAGAUAUAUUGAUUUCCAACGUUUUAACUACCAAUAUUUCACUAAGAAGCCAUGGAUAAACAAAGAUGGAGAUGCUGUGAAGGUUGAGAAGGUUACUGUCUUCAACAAUAUGACCAGCUUCCAAAAAUACAUGAACAUUCGCUACCUAGUUUUUCUGAAGGGAUUGGAAUUUGCGAACAAGGUCUUCUGUCACUCUUUUCAAGACAAGUAUAUUGAUAUGAAGAAGAAGGUCAAUUUUGUGAUGCGGCUCAUCCAACUUUAUCGCCCAUAUCUAUUCUUCAAUACCAUUUUUGAUGAUACAAAUGCAGAAAGGUUGAGAAUGGAUAUUCAAAAGAAAGAUAGAGAAACAGAAACCUUCUUAUUGGAUCCUAAGGAGAUCAAUUGGGAGGAUUACUUCAUGAAUAUACAUUUUCCUGGAUUGGUUAAAUACGUCUUCAAAUGA